UAGUUCAUACACAUGCAGCGCUGAGGCGUAGUAUUCUGUGUGGGUGUUCUCAUUCCUUGGAGUUUACUGAAGAUUCUAAACUGCUAAGAAGCGGUUUUAGAAUUGUGGGCAAAGCGAUUCUUUCUGCGCGUAGAAGUUUAUCUGUUCUCCAGUACAAAUUUGGCGCCGGAGCGCACGGGAUCUUUAGGGAUCAGUUGGCUUCUACAGGAUUUUAUCUGCUCCCACUUAUCUGGGAAUUUAGCAAGUUGCGGCUGAGAGGGAGCGCACAGCGGGACGUUAGUAUGCACAGCCAGGCUGGGCUCUGAUGUGGGAAGUGUUUGCAGAGUGAGUGGAGGAGGCUGAGCCUGGGACUCUCCCCCCCGCGGAGAUGAGCUUCUCAUUGUUCGGCUUCUAAAGCCCAUUCAGGGGCACUCACUCACUCACGCACUCACUCACACGGCAUGGGCCCCUUGCUAUUGUAUGCCCACUGAGCACGGCACAACAUGGAUAUUACAAUUUCUCAACUGAUGGACCAGUUUCUGGAUAGUCCGCUGGUGACCUGGGUGAAAACCUUUGGCCCAUGUGGGAAUGAGAAUGAAAGUAAAUUGGAUAUUUAUAUGGAACUUGUGGAUGGGGUCUUCCUAAACAAGAUCAUGGUUCAAAUAGAUCCUCGGCCCUCCAAUCAACGUGUCAACAAGCAUGUGAACAAUGAAGUCAACCUGCGUGUUCAGAACCUUACUAUACUGGUGCGCCACAUUAAGGCCUAUUACCAGGAGGUUCUCCAGCAACUUAUUGUGAUGAAUUUACCAAAUGUUUUCUUAAUCAGCAAGGAUCCCCUCACUGGUAAAAGCAUGGAGGAACUGAAAAAACUUUUGCUCCUGAUGUUGGGUUGUGCUGUGCAGUGUGAUAGAAAAGAGGAAUACAUUGAAAGGAUCAAGCAGCUGGAUAUUGAGACUCAAGCAGGAAUAGUAUCUCACAUUCAGGAGGUAACCCAUAAUCAGGAGAAUGUUUUUGACCUUCAGUGGUUAGAACUUCCUGACAUGGCACCAGAAGAACUGGAUUCACUCUCCAGGAACAUGGCCUUGCACCUUAAGAGACUUAUUGAUGAGAGAGAUGAAUGCAAAGAGGUAAUUGUGGAUCUGACGCAGGAAAGGGAUUAUUUGCAGUUCCAAAAUCCUCCAAGUCCUUUGAAGUCUUCAAGUCCUGAUACUUCGACCAAUAUGGUCAGUCAUCUGGCCACUGAGAACAAGAAACACCUGGCGGUGGAACUUGCUGAGAGCAAAGCAAAGCUCCGUAGGAUACGUCAAGAGCUGGAAGAAAAAUCUGAGUUGUUGUUGGAUACAAAGCAUGAAGUUGACAGACUCAACCUAGAGCUACAGAAGAUUAAGCAGGAGAACUUCCAACUUGCUGCUGAAGCACGGACAGCCCGCACCUACAGAGAUGAAAUAGAUUCCUUGAAGGAAAAAGCCAGCAGAGUGGACCGUUUGGAGAAUGACUUAGCUCGGUGCAAAGAAAAGCUGCAUGAUGUAGAUUUCUACAAGGCUCGAAUGGAUGAACUGAGGGAAGACAAUAUGAUUCUCAUUGAGACAAAAUCCAUGUUAGAGGAACAGCUGGCUGCUGCACGAACACGGACAGACAAACUCCACGAGCUUGAAAAAGAAAAUUUACAGCUUAAGUCAAAAAUUCAUGACCUUGAACUGGAUCGUUACUCAGACAAGAACAGGAUUGAGGAGUUGCUGGAAGAGAAUAUGGUACUGGAGAUAGCUCAGAAGCAGAGCAUGAAUGAGUCAGCUCAGUUGGGCUGGGAACUGGAGCAGCUGUCCAGGAGCACUGACCUGUCUGAUGUGAGAAAGUCAUUUGUGUUUGAGUUAAAUGAAACGGCAUCCAGCAAGAUAUUGAAGCUAGAAAAGGAAAAUCAGAGCCUUCAGAACAUUAUUCAGGAACUAAGAGAGGCCUCACUCAUUCUGGAGGAGGGCAACCUUAAGGGGCAGGAGUUGGAGAAGGAAAAUCAGCAGCUCAACAAAGUGAUUGAAAACUUGAAUAAGCAAAUUGAGAGGGAAAACCAGAGCAGCUCGGAUCUGGAGAGUCUAAGUGAAGAUCUUCUCAAAGAAAAAGACCUGCUUUCUCAAGCAGUAGAGAAUAUAAAAUCUGAAAAGGAAAGACAGAUUAAAGAGUUGGAGCAGGAAAAUAAGCACCUCAGUCAGACACUGGAAGCGGUUCGGCAAAGGUCUCAGGUUAGCACUGAAGCAAGAGUUAAAGAUAUUGAGAUGGAAAACAAAAUCCUUCAUGAGACUAUUAAAGACACAAGUAGCAAAUUGAAUGAGUUGGAAUAUGAAAAGAAACAGCUACAGAAAGCCUUUGAUCAAGCCAAGGAACAAGUGGAGAAAGUGGACAAAAUGGAGAAUGAGGUACAUAGACUAGAAAAACAGAAUGAAAUAUUAACUAAGAAAGUGACCUCCAUAACGAUUGUAGAAGAAAAGAUGCAAGCCCUAGAAAAAGAAAAUGGGGUUUUAGAAGAGGAGAACAUAGUGUUGAAGAAGUCUUUGGACACAUUGCAGAAUGUUACAAUAAGGUUGGAAGUACUGGAAAAUGAGAACAAGCAACUGGAUGAAGAAAACUUUGAACUGAGGAGAGCAGUUGAAGCCAUGAGGUUCUCCUGUACAAAAAUUACACAAAUUGAGAGAGAAAAUAAUGAGCUUCUAAAGGAAAAAGAGGAGCUGCAAAAGAACGUUGAGCUUUUGAAGGCCCUUGGGAAGAAGUCAGAGCGCCUGGAAGUCAGCUAUCAGGGCCUAAGUGAUGAAAACUGGAGGCUGCAGCAAAUGCUGGACAAUGGAAAUAAAAAGAUUGAUGAUCUACAGAAAGAGUUGCAGGACACUGAGAAGGAGAAUAAAGAUCUUCAAAAAACCUUGGAGGAACUGAAGAUUUGUAACAAGAGGCUGGAGAGAAUGGAGGAAGAAAACAAAGCAAAAGACCAAGAAAUGGCCCAGGUGGAGAAAGAUAAUAAAACAUUACAGAAAGAGUCAAAGAGGCUGUGGCAGCAGGUGGAGCUGAAGGAUGCUAUCCUGGAUGACAACACUGUGAAGCUAGCAGAUUUAGAGAAAGAAAAGCGCACACUAGAAAAGGAGGUAUCCAAGCUGAGAGACUUAUCGACUAAAACACGAGAUCUAGAGAGGGAGAACAAGGAUCUUCUACAACAAAUGACUGUUGACAAAAGAACACUAGCUACAUUAAGAGAGGAUCUGGUCCUGGAAAAAUUAAAAACCCAGCAAAUGUCUAGUGAGUUGGAAAAGCUGAGCCUUGAAUUGGAAAAAAUUGGCCUAAAUAAGGAAUUGAUGUUGCAAGAUGAGAACAGCAAUGCUGAAAAAAAAUACAAACUAUUGGAGAGCAAGAUUGAAUCAACACUAAAGUCAACACUAGCAGUGAAAGAAAACAAGAUAUUGGACUUGGAAAUGAAGAUAGAAGAGACAAGCAGUCUGAAUCAGCAGCUGCAGAAUGAACUAAAUUCGAUUAAGAAAGAUAAUAUAGCAUCCAAGCAAAACCUCAAGGGAGCUGCUCAGAAUUCCUAUACACAGCUCAACAAUAAACCAGAAUGCAACAGCCAGAUAAAUGGGCAACGAGAGACCAUUGUGGAACUGCUUAAGUUUAAGGACCGAACUAUUGAGCUGGAAAGAAAUAAUGCAGCCCUUCAAGCAGAGAAGCAGCUGUUCAGAGAGCAGCUUCAUCAUCUGGAAUCUCAGAAUCUUAACCUCAGCAAUCAGAUGGGGACUUUACAGAAACAGGUCACCUUUCUUCAGGAACACAACACUGCUCUGCAGACCCAGACAGCCAAUCUACAGGUUGAGAAUGCCACUGCCACAUCUCAGGUUGCCUCUUUGAAGUCCCAGAUCUCUCAGCUUCAAAACCAGCUUUCUGCUCGGGAAAGUGAGAAUGAAAUUCUCCAGCAGAAGAAAGAGCACUUAAGGGUUACACAUGAAUCACUGCUUCAGGACCAUGAGCAACUGGGCUCCCUUCAUGAACACCAGUCAUCAGAGUAUGAAGGGCUGAUCAGCCAGCACAGUUCCUUGAAAAGCCAGUACAAGAGCCUGGAGCAGGCACAUCACAGCCUGGAAGAAAGCUACACUACACUAAUGAAGCACAAAGAAGAGCUGGAGAACUUAGAUGCCAUUUUAAAGAAAGAGCAGGAAGUUCUGCAACAGGAAAGGCGGAAGAACUUUGCUGCUAUGGAAGAAAAUCAGAAACUUAAGACAGAUCUGGAAAGGUUGAAUUUCCUGCACGGAGAACUGCAGACAGAAUACAGCAGCCUUCACAAGCACACUAAGGAGGUAAAAACCUCCCUGAACAAUGCUCAGAUGGAGUUAAAUCGCUGGCAGGCACGCUUUGAUGAACUAAAAGAGCAGCAUCAGACCAUGGAUAUUUCCCUCACCAAACUUGAUAACCACUGUGAGCUUCUCACCCGUCUGAAAAGCAAUCUGGAGGAGGAAAACCAUCAUCUUCUGAGCCAAAUUCAAAUGCUCAGCCAGCAGAACCAGAUGCUCCUGGAGCAGAGCAUGGAGACCAAGGAGCAAUACCAUGAGGAACAAAAGCAAUACAUAGAUAAAUUACAUGACUUAAGAAGGCAAAAGGAGAAGCUGGAAGAAAAGAUAAUGGAUCAAUAUAAAUUUUAUGAUCCAACUCCAAAAAAGAAAAGCCACUGGUCAGGAGCCAAAGCAUUUGCAAAGCUGAUUAAACCAAAGAAGGAGCCCUCCAGGGAAAGUGUAAAAUCUCCCACAGAUGUUCAUAGUCAGCCGAUGGAUAACGCAGAAAUGGUGGCAUCACCAUCAUCCAUGAGACCGCUCCGGUUCCAGCAGGAAAAUCUAGAUAGUUCCUCACUUGGCUCUGAUGAAAAAGGCAGCCCCAAGGUUUUGUCUAGUAAAGUACUUGUAGAGGUUGCUCAGAGGCAGAACAGGAUGUCCUACCGUGGAGGCAGCAUUGAGCAGACAGAUGGCUUGGAACACCUCUCUCGCUCAAGAAGAAUGGAGUCAGGAUCCAGGGCUUCCUCUACAACUGCAAUCCACCUUACUGCCCCUGCACAUAAUGCUAAAGCCCUGCAUUUACCGAGAACUAAAGGCUGCAACUCUGAUGAUAACCUAUCUGACCAGCUGCAAGAGGCUGAAUCCCACACUGGAAGUUCCCGUGUGCCCUGGACCAGCAGUUUAGAAGGCAGCAGAAGUGCAUCACAAAGCAGCUCGCCCCUAACUCUCAAAGGCAGGCCAGAGAGUUUGAGCAGCGAAGAUAUGAUUCCCACCAAAGAAAUUGCAACUUUACCUAGUAACUUGUACCGUCCAAAUGCUGUUAUGCCGGGAGCUACCAAAAGCAGAGAGUCUCCAGUCAACAGAAACAGCCUUAAUUUGUAUGAUUACCCAGAAAAAAAGAUUCCUGCCCGUAUCCAAACCAGGCCACGUGCUGGGUCCCCAGGCAGCGAAAUGGUGACUUUGGAAGAGUUUCUUGAAGAGAGCAGCAGACAUUCACCACCCAGUCGCCGUCACAGCUUAAAUGAUUCCGAGCUCAUCACUCUGCAUCAGUUUCUGUUAGAGGCUGAGACCCUGAACCCUUCCUCCCAGUCCCCCUCUCCCACUCUGCAUUUCCAGGAACCUUCCCAAACAGCUGUGCCAAAGAGCUUGCCGUCGCUUGAGAACUGCGAAUGGAGGAAGAGAGCAGACAGGGCCAGUAGGAGAGCAGCUUCGCUGUAUAUCCCCAGGGACACUGUUACCAACAGGGAUGAUAUGCUUGGUGACUUUUUUAAGAAGGCUGUAGACCCUCCUGAUAUCCAAAGCCCCCUAUCUCAGCUCGGUUAUAAGAAUUCUGCACAGAUGCCUACAAGUUUUGUGAGUCCCACAGUGAAGAUAACUGGUGAUACCACUGAAGGAAGGUUAUCCAAGCCAGGCCAGUAUGUGAAACCAAAUCCCAGGCAGUUGGAUACUCCACUAAAUGCAACAGGUUCUCUCCGACAUCAAUCAAAUGUUUAUUCUUCUUCCAGCCAGACACCAGAGCCACAGGGGCUGCCAAAUCAUGGAGCAAUGGACAGUAGGGGUAACUCACUGAGCAGAGCAUUCAGUCUGGCUUCAGCAGACCUCCUUAAAGAAAAUGGUCCUGAAAUGGGCAGGCAAGAAAAGUCUGAUGUUGAAAGCCCACUGGGAAAGGAUUUUAGUAGCCACAUGAUACGAUCCUCUACUCCUUUAGGGUCUCAGUCCUCCUUAAGAGAGAAGCAACAGCCUGGAAGAAUGCAACACAUUCUCCGUGGAGAUGACCCCCGAUGUCGUUCUUUGGAUUCACGGCGCCUGUCUUUGGCACUUCCAAAGGAAGAAACUACGCCACAGCCUGCCCCAUCUGCUAGUGGCCUACAGCAGCAAUAUACACUUGGCUAUGGUGCCAUCAAAGGAAAACCCAAACAUCUGUCUCGAUCUGGAGAGGUAGCGUUAGUAUCACCGGUCCGACCCAUAUCCAGUAUUCCAGAGCUGGAAGCUACUCCGGGAUUGGUUUCUGCUGGACCUGGGAAAUCUCAAAGCACAUUGCCCAACUGCUCCCCUACACCAGUAAAUGAAGAAGAGCCCACCAAAUCUGGAACUCUAAAAAGUACCCCUGUAUCACCUGACCCCAGUGUUGAUCCUCAGACUGUUUGGUAUGAGUAUGGCUGUGUAUGAAGCUGUUCUGGCACAUAGUAGCUCAUGUGUUGCUUCCUUGGGAUUUUACUUGAAGGAUAACAAUUUCAAGUAUUCCUUUACAUUUUCCUUCUUAAAUGACAGAUAGGAACUCUAUGCAAAGAAAGCAAUUGGGGUUUUCAGAAUUGUAUGUGUUUAGGUGGUACUUAGCCCAUACCAUUUAAGCAUGAGAAUGCACAAUGGGAUCAUUGGCAGGUAAAUGUAUUUUCUCACUCUGGUUGUGCUCAUAAUGUACCAGGAACAUUUACCAGCACCAAACACGCACUUAGCAUUCCCAAAUUAAUUUCAUACAUUACUCAGACACAAAGGUGAAAGCCUCUUUUCAGUUCACACACAGUGAGCACGCUCAUUUCUGAUCAUGCAGUUGGGAAUACUGAGCAUGCUCAAGUCUGUAAACUGCUAAAAUGCAUAAUAACUGAAGUCUUUAGUGUUAUUCUUUGGGGCUGGGACUUGGUAAAUAUUGUUUUGCUCGUCUAGUAACAGUUAGUCGGAUGAACCAUUUUGUGGUAUAAAGAAUAUGAAUUAGAAAUGUUGCUUUAUGGUAGGUCUCUAAUGAACUAUGAAUGUCUUAAUAUUAAUUUAUUGCAUGGACUACUCAUUCAGCAUUGCUAAAGGGUAGAAAGCUGCUAGUUCAAGCAUAAAUAUUUAUUGCUUCCUACUGAUAGAAGGAUGUUUAGGCUACUACUAAAGCUACUCAAAAACAGUCCUGAUUUUAAUGUUUACACCUUUGCUGCUGAAGGGUGUGAGCUUGAUUAUUGGUCAGUUUGCCCCUACAAAUAGCAAAGCUACUGAUGUUAAAAUGGAGGGUCUGUGAUCCCCCCCCCCCAAACAUGUGCUGCUAAUGGGCUAUACUACUGAUAUAGGAUUCUCUUUAUAUAAAUUGUGUAGGUUAAUUACAGUAAGUAUAUACAGUGAUUGGACAUGGCUCAGUUUAGUGAUGGUUUGUGCAUUAUACAUCAUCAGUGAUGUGAAUUUAACUUGGCAGUUAAGCAAAAUGGAUGUCCCUUUCAUCAUGAAUCAAUGUAUCAAAUGGUGCUCUUUAUGUUGAAGAAGCCAAAUACAAAUGCCAUUGUUAACAAGGGCUGGCAACUGAAUCUGUGGCUAUGAAUUUACAGUGGUUAGGUAGCCAGUUUGUAGACACUAGGCAAAUGCGUUAUGUGGAAGUUUCAGAGAUGCCGACAAUUUGCAGGUCUUAGAGGGGACAGGCUGCCAUUUAUAGCCACUGUCUUUCUCUAACUAGCCAUCCAUGUCUCAGGCAAUGGUCUCCCAUUGUAUUCUGUCAGGAGAGCCAUAGAGAAGUUGCCUCUAAAACAUACUUUGCAAUGUCUUCAUUGAUUAGUUGAACACUGGAAGAUAAUGUGUAAUGGAACAUGUAAAUAUUAUGUAUAUUUAAUGUAUAUCAUAGAUUUUGUAAAUAUGGGUGCCAUUAAUUUUCUGACUGUAAGGGGCCGUUGCAGCCCAUUGUAGGAAAUCAUGAUAAUUGUAGGGGCCCCGUGACUGUAAGGAACCCAUUCUAGGAGCACAUGAUUCAUUUAUUGGCUGCUCAGCUGUCCCCCAGUGUCUGGGUAUACACAAAAAAAAGUACCAAUACAGACUUUGGGGACAUAGCAUUUAGAGGGCUGCUCACUGCAACAUUGGAGCACCUUCCUGAAAGAGAUACAUUUCAUACACUUAAAAACCUCAAUUAUGACCGCAAGUGCAACACACAAAAAUGAAUGCAAAUUUCUGUAAAUUAACACCAUCUAUAGAAGAUGGUUUUGCCCAAACACUGUCCUUGCACUUUCCUGUAGUUCCUUGAGCAGAGAUGCACCCACCAAACCCCCUCUAAUGAAAGUUGCACAAGUGCGUCAAUUGACUUUGGGGAACCCUGGAAUUAACACCACCACCCUGGAUUUAGUUAUUAUUUCAGGGCUUCAAUCAAUAGACACUAGUGAAUUGCACUCUAAUGCUGUUAAUGCCACCACGUUCAUUAGUGAUGUGCGGCCCAGCCUGAAACCUGCCGGACCUGUGGGUUUACCUGCGGGUUUGGCAGACCUUAGCACACUGCUUGGGGGUCGAGUCGAGGGUAGGUUCUGGCUGAGGGCUCACUUCCACCCUCACCAACCGUAACCCUCCACUGCCCAGCUUCUGCCUUUAACAGGCUAUAGUUAUAAGUGCACAGCUGUGUGACCUCCCCCUUUUGUGACAUCAGAGAUGGGGGUGGGACAGCACAGGUCUAUAAAUAUAGCUGCUUUGCCAGGUUGGGUCGUGUGCGGGUUGGAGGUGGGCGGAUUAGGGUCAGGUGUGGGUUCACUCGCACAUCACUAACACACAUUGGUGUCCAUCAUCAUCCCCAUUCUGAAAAGGCUAGCUGCAACUUGCACUGAAGUCAUGAAGACAGGCUCACAAAAUAGCACUGGAUGCAACUUGGCUGGUUGCCACACUGACACUGGAUUUUUUUGGGGGGGAAAAACUGCUUUGUCACACUGUGCUUCAGUUGUAAAUAGGGCUUUCAGUGUGUUUGAAGGUUCAUCUUGAACUAAACGUUGUGUGUCUUGCCUACAUUUCUCUUGCUUUUUUUUCAUAUUCUCAUGUUACAGUUAAAUAAUUUGUGCGUAUAUAAAUAUAUAUAUGUGGUUAAGAGUAGCAUUUAUUUCAUUCAUGCAAAACUGUUUUGCCAACAUAACAUAUUUGAGGUGGAGGAUAUUGAAUUCAUUUACUGUCAAACCUUUGCUCUUCCUGUCUGUAGUUCUGCACGGUAUCUAUGUAUAGCAAAUUGUGUGAAAAAUACUCAGAUUUUUACAAUAAAUCAUGUGUGAUCUUUUUCUUAA